AUGGAGGCGUUACUGCGCAUCAUGCAGCACGUCGUGCACGCCGACAGCGCGCCGGCCGCGAUCACCUACAGCGAUCAGCUCAGCAUCCAAAGCCUCUUCACGGAGUACGGCGCGGAGUUCAACGCGGACGUGAUGAAGAAGUUGGAGGAACCUUUCCUCGACGCCUGCGAAUCUUACAUGGCCUCGACCGGCAUGUGGAACGUGGUGGUGCGCGCGGUGCUGCAGGAGCUGUGGUCUGUGUACAUCACGGGGUAUUGGACGGCGCAGCCCGCUAGCGGUGAGCACGAGCGGCACGGUGGAAGCGCCCCUGACGGCAAGACGCCGUUCUGCUUGAUGUUUACAGACAUCGAGGCGAGCACGCGACUCUGGGACUCGGAUCCAAAAGUCAUGGGCGCUGCUGUGCGUCUGCACCACAAGCUUGUUCGUGGCCUAAUCGAAGACUUUGGCGGCUACGAGGUGAAGACGGUCGGUGACUCCUUCAUCAUCGCGGCGAACACUGUCACGCAGGCGCUGCACAUCGCCCUCGGGAUUCAGCUCGAGUUGAUGGCGGAGCCGAGCGCGCCGGACUUCCGCAUGGUCGACAGCCCGCAGGGUGCCGGCGACCCGGCGUGCUGGCGCGAGGACGCGCUGCGGGUGCGGGUGGGCGUGCACUACUGCGCCGACGCGUCGGCCGUGUACGACAGCGUGCACCGCCGCUUCGACUACUACGGGCCCAGCGUGAACUGCGCGGCGCGGGUGGAGGCGGCGGCGUGCGGGGGGCAGGUGCUGCUGAGCCACGAGGCGUACGCCCAGCUGCAGACGGAGGAGGACUUCGACCAGGUGCCGGUGAACAGCCUGUUCGCGGAGCACUUAGGGCAGCUGGUGCGCGCGCAGGAGGCCCGCGGCGUGGCGGUGACCGAUCCGCAGCUGGCCGCGUGUUGUCGCGUCGGUGGAGCAGGACAUGAAGUACAGAACCGUUCGGCAGUCGUUGCGCGACGACGCUUUCUUGCUGCUCGCCAACAACUACAGCAGCAGCACAACGGUUCCGCGGAUGCGCACCAACUCCAAAGGGGAAGCCAUGACGCUCCGGUCGCUGACACGCGCGACGGACAAGGGCCUGCACGUGUUGAAGGGCAUUUCGGAGCCGAUGCAGCUCGUCUCGCUGCUGCCGCUGGGGCUGACGGGGCGUUCGUUUCCGCACACUCUACGCGGCCACACCGCACCCUCGAUGGCGUCCUCCGUCGGCAGUGCCGUCUCGCUUGCGCUGGACUCAUUACUGGUGGCCGAGGAGGCGGCGACGGCGUUGGGGACGUCGGCAAUGGGAUCGACGGACCACAGGCGUCUGUAGGGCCGGCACCAGCAAAACGUAGACACCCAUACGCACCUAUAAACAAGUAUUCAUAUAUCCAUUCGCUGCCAGUUGUUUGGAGCAUUCGAGUCCGCUUUCAUGAUUUAACUUUCUUUUUAAUUCUUUCUCCCUCUUCUUCUUGUUUUUGCCUUUGUCAUGUAUUGAAGAAAGAACAUCUUUGUAUGCAGAGCGCGUGGAAAUGUGGUUCAUUUCGUAUUAUAACUACUAUUAUGUUGUGA